CUUCAGAAAAGCAAAGGAGAAGGAGUUUCAUGUGAUUGAUCUGAGUGGUGGAGGAGAAGAAAGUGAUAAUUGACAAAGAAUCUGCAGGAUUUGUCAUUUUGGUUCUGAUCAAUAUUCUGAUAGAGUUUCUGGCAAGUCAGUAAGUGUAGACUUGAUUGAGAUUGGUUGCAAAUGCAAAAAUGAGCUUGGCCUUUCCCAUUUUCAUUGCGUUGAAGCUUGGUUUAAGCUAAGAGGAAACAGUGUAUGUGAAAUCUGCAGUUCUUCAGCACUGAAUGUUCCAGUAAGGUUGACGGAGGAGGAGUGGAGUGAAAUAAGGGACACUACAACGGGUGAAGGAAGAAGACGUGGAAGUGGACAAUCUUGCUGCAUCUUCAUGGUUUUUCUUCUUACUAUCAUUCUCUUUCAUUGGUUCUUCAAGAAGAUGAGUGGUUACUACCAAAACACAUAAAAUUAAUUUGUUAGUUAAUAAGCAUAUAUGUUUGUAACUUGUACAUCCUAUUCUGACUCUAAGACUAUAUGGAGACAGAAGAAGAUAGAAUAUAAUACAAGUUCUUUAGAUCAAACUCUGAUUAAAUUUUUAAGGACUCCAAAUUGGAGAACACCAUUGGACAUAUCUUUUGGAUUAGGAUUCUUAACUAUUCAAAAAAAAAAAAAAUUAUUAUAAUAAUGCUAAGGACUUCAUGGUGAGACUCACCAUUGUGGAUGCUCUUAGGGGUUCCGGAUCUGAAUAGUGAUUUUAAGGAUCCGACGGAUCUGGAUACUAAUCCGGAUAGAAAAUAUUAGGUCUGGAUAUCCCGAUCCGAAUCCAGGCCUAUUAUAUAUUUUUAAAAUAUUAAAAAUGUAAUUAUAUUCAGAUAUGUAUAUUAUAUAUAAUUUUAUAUAUAAUAUAUAAAGUUUUAAUUUUACUUAAUUUUAACAAUUUGUAUACAAAAAUAAUUUUAAAUACUAAAUAAAUUUUUAAUUUGAUUGUUUAAAAGAAUCCGGAACCAGAUAUAUGCGGAUAUUCGAAUUUUGUCUAGAUAUCAUAAUUCUGGAUAUCCGUAAAGUCUGGAUCCGGAUCUGUAUAGCAGUUUUGCAGAUCUGACAAAUCCGGAUUCAGAUAUCCGGAAAUAUCCCGGAUAUCCCAUCCGUCCCACCCCUACAAUUCAUCAUAACAAGGACUAUUUGAAUACACAAUCAAUUUAAGUAGAGUUAAGUAAUGUUUUAAAUAUUUGUUAUUUACUGCCAUCAUUUGUUAUACAUAUAUAACUUUCUUAUGUUCACAGUAGUUGUUGAUUUUGUUUGAUCUAUCUAAUAAGCUACACAAAACCGAUUAAGAAAAUUUGAUUUUUUUUUCUUCUAUUUAUUUAUCUUAUAUUACUAUAUAGUAAGUUAAUUAGUAACCGUUGUUAGAAUUAAGGCAUGUGUGAUUUCAUCUCUAGUACUUCAUAUCUACGUUGAAGUAUUCACAAAAUAAUAUUUUGUUGUCAUCGUCUAUAUAUGAAACGAUGAACUUCUCGUUUGACCAAAAGACGAUCACAUACAGAUGCAUACUAAUUAUAUAUACCAACUUGACCAAUUCAUGUAUUUUACAUAUCUAUUAUAUGUGACAGGACAUUCGCAUGUUAUGUAUAUUUUAAAGAUUGUAAGAAAAAGUCAAAUAUACGCACUCGACAAAAUGUGAUACAAAGAUAUACAUACCAGAGUCACUGGCAUUUUCCGCAAAGAACAAACUCGAGAUUAGCUAUACCAAAGUCAACUAUGUUUGUACAUGCCAACCAUUUUGGUUUCAACGAUGUGUAUAUGAGUUGGCGAAAUCAUUACAAGAGCAUUAUAACAUAUUCUACGUUUUCUCACGACUUAGUAUCGAUGGCUAGUGCUAUAUAUUUCUCACGUAUGCGGUCAUAUUGGUUCGUCUACGAACCAAAAGCAAUUUGGUUAGAGUGGAGUUUUCUCUUUCUUUUUGUAGAACAAUCAACCAACAAAGCAACUAUACCAUCACUUGAAUAAAAAAAUCACGAUUUUGGUAAAUUUAAUAAUUAUUUUGAUAGUGUUCAACUCAAUCGAAGUGUGAAAACAGUUUGGAGAGAGGAUUCUUGUAGAGCGGUCAACUCAAUCGUAGGUCAGACAUUGAGACCAUGAUAAUGAAGUCAAUUUUGUAAAAGGAUUUUGUUUUUUUGUAAUCAACAUAUACAAAUUCAUACUGACUUUACAUACUAGUAACUAUGAAUCCAUGUGAACGACGAAGGACGGUUGUUUUCUGAUACUUCGUACUAGACUAUCCGCCCUGAAAUUCUGCGUUCGAGGUACAUGAAUGAUUUCUGAGUUGAGCAAACUUUCUUUCAUAAUCUUGAUAUCUUUUUUUUUAAAUAAUCUUGAUAUCUUUCAAAUAACUAUAUUAGUUUUCUCAAGGAAAAAGAAUUUAAAAUGGCUAUUUUGACUUACUAUGUAGAUACAUUCAACUAGAUGAUUUAGAAAUAAUAAUUAAUAUAUAUUUUAAUAAAAUUUAGUUUUAAGUUCAUUAGUUUUAAAAAAAUAUAAAGUAAUCUUUGUAAAUUUUUAGUUAUUUUAAGUUUCAAAUUUGCUUGUAUUUAAAUUAUUUUAAUUUUACAAAUUAAUUUUCAUUUUUCUAAAUAAAAAUUUUUGUAAUUUUUCAUCUUUUAAAAAUAAAAUUUGAUAAAAAAAAUUUGGUUUUAGUUAAAAAAAUUGAACUUAUAAAAGAUACUUACUAAACCUAAUAUUGAAUGCUAAUCACUCAAUUAAAUAGUUUAUCACGAUUAAAUUUUAAAUACAAUUCAAUAAUUUAGAAAUUGAUUAGGUUUAUCCUUAUAUUGAGUAAUAAACUUAAAUAUAAGACUUUCAUUAUAGUUUUUAUUUAGUAUUUUAUCUGCAUUCACCAAAUUCGCACCGCGCUUGCAACUUUAUUCAACUAGGAUGAAAUGGAAAGAUCAAAAGAGAGUUUAUGACUUCACAGAACAUUUAUCAAAGAUUAAAACUUAAGUGAGAAAUUAAAAUCUAGGACAAAAAAAGUAACCAACAUUUCUUGUUAGUAGACUUAAUUUUUUUUGGGUCAACGUUAGUAGACUUAAUUGUGCAUUAAUUAUUAUGAUGAAGUUAUGUUACAGACUUACAACUUCACCAAAAUAACGUUCAAUAAAAAGAAAAAAAAAACUUAUUACGUAAUUAGUGUUUACUUUUGGUGUUGUGAAAUUGCUAAAUUAAGGUCACCACCAAAAUAUUAGUAAUGGUUCUUGCGAGCGAAGAAAAAGGACAUGACUAUUGUCUGAUUCAACCCUUCUUCUACGAAAAACAACAACCUAACUAUAUAUUCUGUUAUAUUUUAUUGUUACUCUCUCAUUACAUUAUCUGGGAUCAAAUAUGGUUAGUUUUCGUCCUUUCUAUGGCUUCUAAAUUGAAUAUAUUCGUGAUUUGACUUUUAUCAUUUUACAGGCUUAUAUUGAUGGGCAAGUCGGAUAUAGCGAGGUAAAUUUCAUUACUCGAUUUGAGAAUAGUUACUUGUUUUCUUAUUAUUUAUCUAAUGAACAAGUAAAUGCUCAUGAUAAUUCUUCAAUUGAUUUAGGAAUUUAUCGAGAAUUCAAGGGGAAUGCAACUCCUAACUUGCAAAUGGUUUCCAGUAAAUCAAGAACCAAGAGCUCUCAUUUUCUUUUGCCAUGGCUACGCAAUUGAUUGCAGCACCACCUUUAAAGGUAUAUAUAUAUAUAUAUAUAUAUCAUUCUAGAUAUGCAUCCAUUGAAGAGAAUGAGGAACAAAUAGGUGAAUGUGAACUUUACCUUGCAGAUGUUGCAUCUAAGUUUGCAAAAGAAGGAUUUGGUGUGUAUGGAAUUGAAUAUGAAGGGCAUGGAAGAUCAGGUGGCCUCAAUGUCUACAUUGAUGACUUCGAUCUUCUCAUCAAUGAUGUCUACUCACAUUUCUCCAAAAUAGCUGAAAUGGGAGAAAACCCAAAGAAGAAGAAGUUUUUGAUGGGAGAAUCAAUGGGUGGAGCAGUAGUUCUUCUCUUGCACCGCAAGAAACCGGAGUUUUGGGAAGGAGCUAUCCUUAUUGCUCCUAUGUGUAAGAUUGCUGAAGAGAUGAAACCACCAAAACCAGUUAUAUCUAUGAUGAACUUGGUCAUACAUCUGAUCCCAUCAUGGAAGUCGAUACUUCCAGGACCUGAUAUCAUUAACCUGGCUAUUAAACAGCCGCAUAAGAGACAAGAGAUUAAAGAUAAUCCAAAUUGCUAUAUUGGGAGGCCUCGCAUGAAGACGAUGAGCGAGCUUUUUAGAGUAAGCCUUGAUCUAGAGAAUCGGUUGCACGAGGUGACAAUGCCAUUCAUUGUAUUGCAUGGAGAAGAUGAUAAAGUUACGGAUAAAGAAGCUAGCAAACUGCUUUAUGAGGUGGCUUCCUCCAAUGAUAAGACUCUGAAGCUGUAUCCUGAAAUGUGGCAUAGCCUUCUUUUCGGGGAGCCUUUGGAGAAGUCAGAGAUUGUAUUCAAUGACAUUGUCCAAUGGAUGGAGACAAGAAUCAAUACUCUUCAAGUGAAUGCUAAUAACAACCAUGAAGCAAAAUCUCAAAUCUGAUUUUACUCAUAUUCGGUUUAGAUUAUAUCUAAUAACUAAAUUUUAUUCGCUUUAUAAACUU